AGCCAAGCAUUUGGCAACCGAGCUGGGAUCGUGAAUGGGGGUGGAACGCAGUGAUAUAAUCCCUCCACUUCGGGGGUUGAGGUUGUGCCUUGAACGUUUCAUGACUUCUAAGCAAUUAUAAGCAUUAAUAUGCUUUCGCUUCGUUAAUGCUUCUUUGACUACUGAGUAAACGCGAUUCAACAUGUAUGUCUGGUUUACCGUUCUAGCCGCUUUGGCAAUUUUGCCAACAUUUCUUAAAACGUUAUUUCCAUACCUUCUUCAGGAUACUAUUUAUAUUUUUAAAAGUAUUCGACUGGCAAUUAGACUGACGAAAUAUAAAACAAAGAAACCUUUUUAUAGUAUUUUGGACUGUUUUUUGGAUGCUGUGAAGAAACACCCACACAAAACACUUAUCCAUUUCGAGGGAAAUACGUAUUCUUAUUUGCAAGUGGAUAAAGAAAGCAACAAAGUUGCUAAUGCUCUUAGGACUCAUGCUGUUCUGAAGGAGGGGGACACUGUUGCCCUGUUUCUGGGGAAUGAACCCUGUUUCACUUGGAUUUGGCUCGGCCUGGGCAAACUGGGAUGUGCGGCUGCUCUCCUGAACUACAACAUUAGGUCAAAAUCACUUCUUCAUUGUUUCUCCUGCUGCGGCGCAAAAGUGAUCAUAGCAGCUCCAGAGCUUCAGGAUGCCAUUACGGAGAUUUUGCCCGUGUUGAAGGAGCAGGGAAUCUCUGUGUACCUCCUCUCUGAGAAGUGCAGCACUGAGGGUAUUGAGUGUAUCUCUGACAAGAUCUCCCAGGCCUCAGACGAACCUCUGCCACCUUCACUCCGCUCGAGUGUGACAGUGAAGAGCACUGCAUUAUACAUCUACACCUCUGGAACCACCGGACUCCCCAAAGCGGCUCUCAUAACCCAGGAGAGGGUCUGGGCAGCGGCUUUCAUACAAGCCAUAAGUGGAGUGACAUCAGAAGAUGUAUUCUACGUCAACCUGCCUCUCUAUCACAGUGCUGGGUUCCUCAUUGGCUUUGUCGGAUCUAUCGAAAGGGGAAGCACCGUUGUUCUGCGGAGGAAGUUUUCUGCGUCUCAGUUCUGGGAAGACUGUAGAAGGCAUAACGUGACUGUGAUCCAGUAUAUAGGGGAGACACUACGAUACCUCUGUAACAUGCCAAAGAAAGAGAAUGAGAGAAACCAUUCGGUGAGAAUUGCCAUUGGUAAUGGUGUGCGCAUUGAUAUCUGGAAAGAAUUCUUGAACCGGUUUGGAGACAUUAAAGUCAGGGAACUGUAUGCUGCUACUGAGGGAAACGUCGGCUUCAUCAAUUACACCUCGAAAAUUGGUGCCGUGGGACGCAGUAAUUUUAUCCAAAGAAAGCUCUUUCCCCAUGCGCUGAUCAAGUUUGACACAGAGAAAGAAGAACCAGUGAGGAACUCUGAGGGACUGUGUAUCAGAGCUGCCCCAGGGGAAACUGGACUACUGGUUGGGAAAAUUACUAAAACUUCCCCAUUCAAUGGAUAUGCUGGAAAUAAACAGCAAACAGAGAAGAAGAGGCUCAGUAAUGUUUUUGAGAAAGGCGACCUCUAUUUCAACAGCGGAGACCUGCUGAAAAUUGAUGAGGAAAACUUUGUCUACUUUCAGGAUCGUGUUGGAGACACCUUCAGAUGGAAAGGGGAGAAUGUAGCCACCACUGAGGUGUCGGAUAUUCUCAGUAUGGCAGCCAGCAUUGAAGAGGCUAAUGUUUAUGGCGUCAAAGUUCCAGGUCACGAGGGUAGGAUCGGAAUGGCUGCAGUGACACUGAAAGAGGGAAAAGAGUUUGAUUGUGUUGACACCUACUGUCAUCUAGCCAACUAUCUACCUGUUUACGCUAGACCACAUUUCAUCCGCAUCCAGAACGCCCUGGAAGUGACAGGAACUUUCAAGAUGAAGAAAGUAAAACUGGUGGAGGAAGGCUUCGAACCAGCACAGAUACAGGAUCCACUGUACUUUCUCAGUUUGGCAGAGAAGAAGUAUGUUCCCCUGACUCAGGAGGUAUACAGCUCAAUUAUGUCUAAGAACAUUAAACUGUAAAAUCUAUGGAUGAAUAAAUGUAUACUAAGAUUAAAAGUGAAACAUGGGUAAAAUGAAACGUUGGGUUUCUUGGGUGGUGGCAGGAAGGGGUAAGGGGAAAAAUAUUUACUAACAUACAGACCUACCAACUAAUCUCAGGAAAGAAUUGUUCUCUGUCAUGAUUAUGGUGAAUGUGUCAGGUUUUUUUUUUUUUAAGACAUGUAUUCAUAGGCCAACACAGUAGACAUUUUAAUAUCUUUUAAAAAACAUGGCACAGCAUGGACUGUUGAUUGAUUCUUUUUAUCUAACACUGUUAAUGAUAUUGAUGACAAUCUGUAAUAAAGUUUUAAUGACAAAGA